AUGCUCCCAGUGAGAUGGAGUGGUGACUGAUCUGCUCACUGUUCUAUUUCUAUGAUUCUGCGUGCGCAAUCUCUAGAUGGGUGGUUGUCAUGGAUACCUGGGUCACAUGCGUGGGUUUCCUGAAGCCAGCAGCAAAAUGAUGCUAGCUAGCGUUUUUUACUGCCAUUUUCAUUCGGGUUUCAUCAAAAGGCGGUAGCUAAAUUAGCAAGCUAUAGCUAGCUACAGAUGAACAGAAAUCGAGGAUGGGUGUAACGUCAACAACAUUUGUAACAAAAGGCUGUGUCUGUGGAAUUAUUCAAGUGAGCUGUCAACCGGUGCAAGCCUGAGCUGGAAUAUUAUUUUUAGUAAUUUUAUUUGCCCGACUCUUAAUAAAACCGAUUAGAAAUGAGUAUUGAAAUCCCAGACGGACUGACGGAGCUGCUGCAAAGCUUUACAGUGGCAGUGUUGAGGAAUCAGCCAGGAGACCUUCUGGACUUUGCCUUGCAGUAUUUCAUCCAACUGAAGGAGAAUCGGAGAGGAUCCGCCUUUGACAAUGCCCGAGAUUCAGCUAACGGUCGACCUGGUGGUAAUGUUAGCAGUGGAAGAUCGGUCAAUUUUGCCGAGGAGGCAAUGCAAAAUGAUUCGGAAGAAGAAGAAGAUGAUGAUGAGGAGGAAUUCGUAGCUCCGGUGAUCAACAGAUUCUUGAGAAGAUCUUCAGUGUGUGCUGAAGCAUUCAACCCUGAUGAUGAGGAGGAGGAGGAGGACAAAGAGCCCAGGAUCACCCAUCCUAAAACCGACGAGCAGAGGCACAGACUACAGGAGGCCUGCAAAGAUAUUCUGCUGUUCAAAAACCUAGACCCGGAGCAGAUGUCCCAGGUACUGGAUGCAAUGUUUGAGAUGCCAGUGGAGGCUGGCGAACACAUUAUAGACCAGGAUGACGAUGGGGAUAACUUCUAUGUUAUCGAAAGAGGGACCUUUGACAUCCUGAUGAAAUCAGACAAGGUGGAGCGUGUGGUGGGUUCCUAUGACAACCAGGGCAGUUUUGGCGAACUGGCCCUGAUGUACAACACCCCCAGGGCUGCCACCAUCAUCGCCACCUCUGCGGGAGCCCUCUGGUGCAUGGACCGACUGAUGUUCAGGAGGAUCAUAGUUAAGAACAACCACAAGAAGAGGAAGAUGUACGAGGCUUUCAUCGAGUCUCUGCCCCUGCUCACAUCUUUACAGGUCUCUGAGAGGAUGUGUGUGGUGGAUGUUCUAUCCUCCAAGACCUACAGUGAUGGAGAACAGAUUAUCGCUCAGAGGGCCACUGCUAACUGCUUCUACAUAGUAGAGUCUGGUCAAGUGCGAAUAACCAUGAAUAUGAGCAAGUUGAAAAAGGAGGAGGGAGAAGGGGUGGAAGAGGAGGUGGAGAUUGCCAUGUGCACCAGGGGUCAGUACUUUGGAGAGCUGGCUCUGGUCACCAACAAGCCCCGGGCUGCUUCAGCGUACGCUGUGGGAAACGUCAAGUGUCUAGUGAUGGACGUGCAGGCGUUUGAGCGUCUGCUGGGCCCCUGCAUGGACAUCAUGAAGAGGAACAUCGUCGACUACGACGAGCAGCUGGCCGCGCUGUUCGGACGAAACGCCGACAUUCACGACAACGACGCGGCGUGAUAGAACACACUCGGCAUAGACAGCUGAGACCUGAUGUUUUUGUAACAAGGGACUCCGAGACUCUCCUGAGGGGCCAAAUACCCCUGGUACUGAUCUGCGUUAUUAUCAGUCUGCUUUAACACACAUUACCCACUGUGUUUAUAUUACAGUAUUAGCAAUCAGACCAUUUUUAGAUAGAGGUUUGUUCAUACUGCAAACUCAGACUUCAUAUGAGAUGAAUCCCAUUUGUGUAUUUUUGGUAUUUUCUAUGAAACACGAACAUAGUGGUGUUUGUUAAUGACCUUCAGAUUCAUUCCUGGCCUUAUAUCCAAAUGGUACAUAUGAAGACCCACUUCUAUCAGGUUUGUCUAAUAGAUGAACCACGUUACGGCUUUUGAUUCAAAAUGAAACGUCGGGGUCAUCUAUUGUCCGGCAUUUAACCUUCCCUCACAGAAAAAAACACUUUGAAGAGACGUGGCUAUUUUUGUUGUUGUUGCCUAUAAAUGUUACCACCAGGCAUGUGAAUUCAUAAUGGAAUAAGAUGACACUUGUUGUUUCUUAUCUCCCAGAUGUAUUGGCGACUUUUUAGAGUAACAUUUUAGUCUGGACAAUUUAUGUCAUAUGAAAACAACAGUGUUUCCCGAACAGAAAAAAGCAACAUAGAGCUGGUAGUGGUAUAUUUCAGUGUGCCUUUUAUUUGCAGUUCUCAACUUUAUUUAAAAAUGCAUAUUGUACUUGAAGUUUGUAAUAGUGUUAUAGUCCUGAGUUAAGCAUUUAUGAUCUAGUUGAAGAGCAUUAGUAGCAUAUCAUUUGUUAAACUGAGGUGUAUUGUUUCUGUUAAAUCCAAUGGGACAUUGACACAACUUGGUGCUCAGUAGCUAAAAGGCAGUAUUUCCUGACAAAUCCAUAAGUUGGUCUACACAGAACCAAUUCAUUAAUGGACUGUGUUGCUUACUUCAUUUGUUUUUGUACUAGUUAUUAUCUUAUAAGCUGUUGAUAAGUUGUCAGAGGAUGUUUCUUUGACAUGGUGUCUUUUCCCAUGUGAUUUCUGAUGUGUCAGUGGGUGUUUGGGAGAUCAAUAUUUCCAACUGGUAAAACAGACAGGUUGUCUUCAUAAGGGAAAUACCAGAUAGGGAAAUUCUCUUAGUAUUUUGCAUAUUGCUGCUAGACCUACGUUUGGUACAUAGUUUCUUUGGUACAGUCUGCUAAAAAAAAGAAAACAAUUUGUCUUUGUCAUUCACGCCCUGCUCUCCUUAAUAGCUUAGUACCGUAUUUGCCUUGUUGAACCAGAGAUUUCAUAAGUGUCAUUAUUUUAACCUGCCAAUACUCUGUCAGAUAAUGUUCAUCCUUCAAUGCAAGUAAAUCUCUGAACCAGUUUUAUCAGUCAACUGAAAGGGUUUAUCUUGCCUACCUCUGCACAUAAUUACCUACGCCAACAACAGGUGUCUGCCAUUCCGUGUGUCAUGGUGUUAAUGUCAGUGUUCUGUGUGUAAAAACAAUUUGUUUUUAAUUUAAUAUUUUUUUAAGGGUCCACUCCGGCACUUGCUUUGCAGUUUCCCAUUUUUCUUGUAAUGUUACAAUACACCUAAUUUCCUGAGUAUUUUCAGCAUCUUAACUGUUAUUUGAAUUUCCAUUGCAAUAAACUUAUGUUUUGUAUAAAUAAUU